AUCAACACAACUUCCACACACUUUAACAACCAACCUCAACUCAACUCAACUUCUACCUUUCACUUCCCAUCUCUCCAACAAACCAUCAAGAUGCACUUCACUACCUUCCUCACUACCGUUGUCGCCGCUGGCAUGGCUUCUGCCACUACCUACAACGCUGCCGCUGUCAGCAGCAACAAGAACAUCAACGGCUCCGCUCUCCAGGCCUCCAAGAGCGGCUUCGCUCUCAAGCUCAAGAACCAAGGCGCCGCCUGCGACAGGGGCCUCAAGGAGAACCAAGUCACAUUCAGCCUCAACAAGGACGGCGAGCUUAACCUUUACACCUUCCAGAACUCUCAGGUUGCUUACGUCGACCGCUCCGGUAUGGGCCAGGGCAAGCUCGGCUACGCCACCAUUGCCGACAAGGGCCUCGUUAUCCCCAAGAACGGCGAGACAAAGGGCUGGAAGGUUGCUGCCAACGGCGACCUCACUUUCGAUGGCAAGGGUCUCAUCGCUUGCCCUUACGACGGUUCUUACUCCCUCUGGGUCAGUGCUGGUGUCAAUAACCCCGGUGGCAACAAGGACUGCCAGGCUGUUACUAUUCGCGCCAAGAAGGAUGACAAGGCCGUUGCCUGUCAAUACUCCGUCUAAGAGUUAGCCCAACAGUUUCAUGAGUUGACGGACAUACUUUGAUUCUUACUACAUUAUUCUCAUUAUCAGUUGAGGGGAGCAUCAUGUUCUCUACAUUUGUAGAAAUCUAAUUUACCAUCUGAUUAAUACAUAUACAUAUUGGAACUAUG